UCAUGCAUCUGAUCAAACACACCUCACUAGCCAGCCAACCAACCACACAACCUUAUUCCCCUUCGAUCUCCCCUGUAUCCACAAACAACCAGGAUGGUAGCCGUAGAAACUGUUCAAACUACCUCUACAUCCAAUGAACAACAUUCGAGUCCCCGGAUUUCUUUCUCUGCUGAGUUCCUCGAUGAACAGGACUUCAUCUCCUUCAGCCCAAACUCUCAGGGUGAAAAAGGAAAAGACAAAGAAAAGGAGAUGGAUAAAGCAAGAAAUGCAGAAUUUGAGUUCCUAUCGAGCAAUGUAAGUAGCCAUGCGAUGUUAACAGCAGAUGAGCUUUUCUUCGAAGGGAAGCUCCUUCCCUUUUGGCAAAUGCAGCAGUCAGAAAAGCUCAACAAGAUCAGUCUCAAAGGGAAAGACACAGAGGGAGUAGGAGAGGUGAACAAGGAGGAGAGUAACAGGGGAAGUUGGUUUGUUGAUGACGACCCAUCUCCGAGGCCACCAAAGUGCACCGUUUUAUGGAAAGAGCUAUUAAGGUUGAAGAAGCAACGCGCUUCUUCUUUGUCACCAUCUUCUUCUUCCUCAUCUUCUUCCUCUUCUUCGAGCUCACUUGCCGAUAUAGCUGCGAAAGACGAAGGGAAGGAAGGCAGGGGAAACAGAGAGAAGCAUGUGAAGAGGAUAAAGAAGGGAUUGGAGAGGACAAGAUCAGCGAGUAUUAAAAUAAGGCCUAUGAUUAACGUGCCUAUUUGCACACAGAUGAAGAGCAGCGCCUUACCACCAUUGUUUCCACUCAAGAAGGGAAGAUUGGAGAGAUGCAGGAUACAGGGCCUGUGAAAAGGUGGGUCUCACAUGGAGGUGUUUCAGACAGAGUGUGUACUUCAUUUUUGUAGAAGAAAAGGGUCUAAAGGCCAUAUGGUCGGAUUGUCCUUUAUGAAAAAUGUGAAAUUGAGCUGAAAGAGCUAUGUUAUUGUA